AUGGAUGAGCCAAAACUUGAGAAUACUUUAGAAUUGUUAACAAGGCUAAAUAAUACUAAUUCAGGGAUAGCAUUAAGCAAAGAAGAUAGGGCAAGAGAAUAUGUCUCUCAGACUUUUUAUAAGCACCAAUCUACAUAUCAAGAAUUGCAAAUAUCAAAUAAAAAACUGAAAAUUGAUUACAAAAAACUUCUACAAAAUCAAACUUUAAUUAAAAAAACACAAUCUCUUGGAGUACAAAAUAUGCAUCUUGUCAAUCAAAAUGCAGAUCGCAUAUCUAAAAUUCGAUCAUUAGCUCGACGUUCACAACAAGUUACAAAUACAACCUUUCGGAAAAAGCUAAAAUCCAUUUUUCAAGAAAUAAGCGAGAAUAUACAUCAAAUGCUAUUUGGCUUGCAACUACUACCACAAAAUUGGAUAACAUUAUCAACAUUGUGCACUUGGCAUCAAGAUAUUUCUACAUUACAUAUCAAUGCUCAAAUCCAUCAGGCAAUUAUGACCUCAUCAUUUGGAAUUUUAGUUGAUGAAUCUACACGAGGGAUGGUAGAACAACGGUGGGAUUUUGGGAAUGCUAAAAAAUAUUCACAUGAUCCUGUCAAUGAUCCUACUGAUUGCAACGCGCCAAACUUGGCAACUUUUCAGAUAUCAAUUCCUAUAUGUGAAGUUUUCUGGGACCCUCCGUUGCCUAUCCCACCUACAUAUAUUCCAGUAAUCCCGACAAACGUAGUUG